AUGGCCGUAGAUGCAGACGAACGGACGCCCCUCCUCAAGGUCGGUGCCGGCGCCGUGAAGCGGGUCGGCCGCGGCCUGUGGUCUCCCGCGAACCGCAUCCUCUUCGCCGGGUUCCUCGUGUCCCUAACUCUGGGCAUCACCCAAGUCCCCAUCAUCUACGUCUUCCGCGUCAUGGCCUGCGAGACCUUCUACAACGGCCGCGCGCCCUUCGACGGCCCCGCCGCCGACAUGUGCCACCGCCGCGAGAUUGACGCCAACACGGCCCGCCAGGUGUCGAUCCUCGGCAUGACCACCUCCGUCUGCGGCAUCCUUAACCUCUUCAUCUGUGGCGACCUCAUCAAGCGCUGGGGCACCCGCUGGGCCCUCAUCAGCCAGACGGGCUUGCUCUGCAUCCGCGUCUCGUGCCAGAUCAUCGCCGUCUCCACCGGCGGCCAGAGGGGCAUCGACUUGAUGCAGUACACGCAGCUGAUCGGCAUCGUCGGAGGACCGCGGGGAUACAUGCUUGUGCUAAACACCGCCGUGGCGGAGGUCGUCGAGAGAAGAAAACAUACGGGCGUCUUUGGCCGGCUGCAGGGCGCUGUGAUGAUUGGUACCGCCAUUGGCUACCUCCUCGGUGGUGUUCUGGGCGAUGUGUUCGGCAUCGUCAGUCCCUUUGUCACCGCCGUCGGCUGCUUCGCUGUUGCGACGACUUACGGCGCCAUCUUCUGGCCGGCGCCGCCCGAGCAGAACGACGAAUCAGCGACCAAGACCACCCCUGGGGCCUCCGGGUUCCUGGCCCCGAUCAAGGUUCUCAUGCCUCAGAAGUACCGCCUCGAGUCAGGCAAGGUUGUCAGAAACUACGGGCUUGUCUUCCUGGCUCUCGGCAUCUUUUUCGGUGUGUUCGCCACGGGAUAUGCUCCGAUUCUCAUCCAGAUGUACGCGACUUCCCGCUUCAACUUUGGCACCACGGAGAACGGCAUCCUCAUGUCAGGCAACUCGUGGAUCCGCGGCAUCUUCCUCAUGUUCAUCUUUCCGGAAAUCAUCGACGCCGGCCGGAGGUGGUUCGCCGCCUCGUCUCACUCCGGGGCUCUCCAGAAGACGCUCACCCAGGAAGAGCGCAACCUCAUCCCGACCCAUCCCGAGGACAUGGACCCGGUGCCCGGCUUGAUGAACGCCGCAGAGCCGACCAAGGCGCCGCCCGAAGAGGAGGACGAGGACAGCACCUUUGACUUGUUCUUCCUGCGGUGGAGUCUGGUGGUUGAUGGAAUCGUCACUUCCCUCGCCGCGUGGGCGACCAAGGGGUGGCACGUCUAUGCUGCUGCCUUUCUGCUACCAUUCGCGUCCGGAUCAGCCCCGGCCGCCAAGGGUGUCAUCACAGAGAUGUGCCCGCCACACAUGCGUCAAGACGCUUUGAGCGCCAUCACCCUCGUCGAGAGUGCAGCCACUCUGACGACGCAGGGUAUAUUUGGCUUGGUGUUUGCCACGUUAUCGGAAAUGGGCAAGCCCAACCUGACAUUCUUCGUCAACGCGGCCCUCGCCGUCGUCGCCGUUGGCGUUCUGCUCCUGGCGCAUUACCCCCCUCCCAAUGCCAAGAGGCUUGAGGACGAAGAGGCUGAAGACAACAGUGUCCAGGGCUAG